AUGGGCAACGUCACCGGCCGCAUCGCGGCGGAUCUCGGCAUCCCGGGCAAGUCCUGGCCCACCCCGCGAACCACCGAGUCGGAGUUCGCGGCGCUGACCCGGUCCGACGGCAACCUGGACCGGGCCACCUUCGGCGCGGGAUGCUACUGGGGAACGGAAUCCUUUUUCGCGAACAACUUUGAGACGAAGCGCCCGGGAUGCGUCCGCGCCACGUCGGUGGGGUUCAUGGGGCCCGAACCUCCGAGGGAGGGCGAGUUCCCGACGUACAAGGAGGUGUGCACGGGUCGCACGGGCCACGUCGAGGUUGUCCAGAUCGUGUACGAUACGACGAAGUGCUCGUACGAGGAACUCAACGAGCACCUCUACACCUUCCACGAUCCGACGACGAAGAAUCGACAGGGGAACGAUCACGGGCCGCAGUACGCCAGCGUGGUGUUCGCGCACGACGAGUCGCAGAGGAAAACCGCGGAGAAGGUAAAGGCUAAGGUGCAGAGGGCGCUGGACGCGGGGGAGAUUACGGACUACGCCGGCGCGAAGGUUCACACCGCCGUCGAGGACGCCACGGUGUUCUUCCCCGCGCACGAAGACCACCAGCGUUACCUGGAGAAACGUCCGGGGGGGUACUGCAACCACAGGCGGCGGUUCAGCUGGGAGGGCGUCAAACUCGGUAGGAUGUGA